GUGAGUCAGAGCUUGGCUCGAAAUGGACAGCGGUCCACGGGUGUGCGACUGCGGCAGACCUUUCAUGUCCUUACAGACUUUAAACUCGCAUCGUGCGAGGGCAUGCCCCGCCGUGGCAGAUGAGGGAGCGCAAAGGCAGGAGAAUGAUGCUGCCCACGACCCGGGACCAUCCAACAUAGGCGCAGCCAAUCUCGCUGGUGAUGAGAGCGAGGACGUGGGGGCGGAGGACGACGCGAAUGGGGCAGCCGGUGAUAACGCAGAGCCGGCAGCGCAACCCGUCGAGCCUUUUGACAGCUCGCGCAGGCUAGCAGUGCUUAUUUUCUCCGCCAGGGGCGGCGUCGGUAUGUCACAUACGGACGUUGAUGCUCUCUUGUCACUUCUCAAAGACCCGAGAUUCAGCGCGAUGGACAUUGCGUACCUCAACAGUCAAGAGUGCUUCGCAUGGGCGGGCAGUCUAGCAGAGGCCGCUGGGUGGAAGGAGUUGGAUCUGCGUAGUGACGACUGGCCUCGAGAAGCACACGCCGUCUUGUGGCACCGCGAUUGGCGAACUGCAUUCUUAUCGAUAAUGCACGUCGCGUUGCAGAAAUGCGAGACGGUUCAUUCCCUCGAGGUGUCCCCGCUGUCGGAGGACAACAGUGUAUCCGGUCCGCGCAGCAGGGCGCUCAGUUAUCACAUGCAGUCAAUCAUUCGAGCGCACAAAGGUGUCGACGAGAAUGGAUAUUCACGAUAUGUAAUCCCUCUCUCACUGUACUCCGACAAGACACACACAGACGGUCGUCAGAAACAGACGGCAUACCAUCUUAUGAUGUCGCUAGCCGACCACGCGUCGGAAGGCACUUUGUUGGCCUAUCUUCCCGUGCUUCAUCAUCGACCCCGUGACAAAGGAUGGGGUCUACAGUCCACCGCAUUCAGGAAGCGAAAGACCGUCAUCUUCCACAAGGCCCUUUCAACGGUCUUGCAAGCUGCGAAGGAGGCAUCGCACGACGGCAUCACGAUACCGUCGACRCGAUUCGGGGACGUGRCUGUCCACCCUUUCCUCCUCAACUAUAUACAGGACUACCCAGAGCGAUGUGCGCUGGCGAAUGUGAAGUUUGGUGUAUGCCCUACAUGCACYGUGUCGAAAACGRACCUCGAUGUCGUGGCCGAUUUCACGGACAGCAGGAGAUCCCAGACGCUGGAAACUCAACUCGCAGCAACUGUGUUCACGGCGGACGACGAUGACGUGCGCCGUGCGGCGGAAGGGCGAAUGGCGGAGUUGGACAUGCAUAGGCAUGUUGAACAGAAUGGCCUUUGGGGGUUCUACAGGGGGCCGAGUGGCGAUGAUCCUCAGCUAGACUACCACCUCGCAUUGCAACUAGACCGUAUGCACACGAUCGAACAUGGCAUAUUCCUGCACAUGAUCGACGCAUUCAGGGCGGCAGCCUUUGAGAAGUUGCCGAACACACCGCAAAUAGAGAUCCUGAAGGAACUCGAUGCGAGAUUGCAAUGCGUUAGUGAGAGAUGUACGCAAACAUAUCCCCAACUUGUGCUGCCCAUGGCCACAGGCAGCGAUUUUUUUUCUCGAGAGGGACGCUUCGAGGCGAAGCAAAACCGGUCUGUAAUGACAGUGUGCGUGUUCCUCAUUUUUAAUAUAAUCCCGCGCUCGACAGGCAAGGGCAUUACCGCUUGUUUUGUUAAGCUGAUGCAAAUGUACGUACGGUUGUUUUGGCGCACAGCACACACUCGAGCUUCCCUCGACGAAUGUGACGCGUUGAUGACGGACUUCGUAACGACCAUCAAAGCGAAAUUGGGAAGAUACCAACCAUCAAAUUGGAAACUCCCGAAGUUGCAUGAUCUUAUGCAUAUGAGAACGAGUAUUGAGCGAUCAGGUGUGGCCGACACAUUCGCUGCAGACGUUUGGGAGCAUCACCACAGGAGAUUCUGCAAACAACCGUACAUGUCAUCGAACAAAAGGAAAGCGUCAACCCAGAUGGUCAACCACGUGCGCCGGUCACUAGCGUUGCAGGAGGAGACCGGAUUUGUGAGGAAAAGGAGGAAGAGGGCCGUCGAGAAUAUGUCUUCUGUGACGGACUGUAUGGCAACGGGGAUGAACACCCUGGCACUACGCGAUACGUCAAUCCUUCAACUGCGCUGGUUCGACAUCGAUCAGGACCAGAUAUGCGAGGUGGAAGGCAUUGACAGUCAUGCGUGUAAGAUACUUGAAGAGUUCCCUUUCAUAAUCGAUUUUCGAGCAGCGAUUACGACGUACAUGGCGGAGAAUGGUUGUCAACCUCCUCCUGAUGAUCUCGCUAUACACACACGAACACAUCUCGCCAUCGCUUGCAUGCAGGACGGAACAAACAGGGGCACACUUGUUCAAACUGCACGAGCGUCGCCGCGGUUCCACAGGAGACCAGUGCACAACGACGUCACAAUAAGAGCAGCCAACGAAUGUACGUGGUUCGCAUCAGUGGCCAUGUUUUUCGUCGUCGAUGCACCCACAGACGGCGGUAAUGUGGAACACAAGCACAGCGGACCCCAAGUGGAAGAAGAGGAGGAACACGAUCGUUCCGCGCCAGAGAAGUCAGAUGGUGCGGAGGACGAGGAGCCAGGAAACGAGGGAGACAACAGCGAUUCUUCCCGCAGACAAUCGCAAGACACCGAUGAGGACGACGACAGCGACGACAAGUCGGCCAGCGAGAGAACCGGCGAAGACCAGAGCGCCGCUUCGGAAAGAGGUGGUUCACCAUUUCCUUCGAGGACGCUGCGCAGAGAAGGAGAACGGCAGGCACGCAAUGGCAGCGACACCGAGGAGCGUGUCGUGCGCGCAAGCGGCGGAGCCGUGCAAGGACCGAAGGACGAGGGCGCCGCAUUCACGAAGAAAAUGAAGGGCAAGCUGUUGCGUUCCGUCGCCAAAGCCUUUGCGUUCUCUGCGGCAAACGACGCAACUCUGUACCCGACAGAGGACGCGUUUUUCGCGGCGGUGCAAGCGACGGUGAAACUGGCAGGGGAGACAGCAGAGGAAGGGCUGCGGUCUCACAUAACAGAGUGCGGGAUUCGAGCUGUCAUAGGGGAAUGCAACAGAAUGAUGACGACGAUCUGCGGAGAGAUUACAUGGCAGCUGAAACAUUGGUUUUGGGCUGAAAAAGGGAUUCCGCUCGUCGGAUCGCAGCAAACGGACCACCACCUCCCCGCUCGCAACAAGAUGCGCACCGAGAUGAAGGAGAACAAGACGUGGAGACGGAGCGGCGACGAUCCGUGGGGCGCCCCCGCCUUCAAGACGACACUCUUAAAAGUUUUUCAGAUGAGGAAGGAAGGCCGGAACCUGGGCGUCGCCCUGCAGCAACUGGCUUUUGCGGAGAUGGUCAUUCAAUGUGAGAUAGAACAGACAACGAAGACGACACGAGCUGCGGAGCAGAUAGAAAAAUUGAUAUCUAUAAAGCAGGCAAUCGUCUCAUCUCUCCGUAGCCGAGACACGAUAAAGAGUUUUUCCGUUUUCAAACUGGACCGUUCCGUAUCCGUGGUUGAGAAGGCAGCAGCGCUCUUUCGCUCUGGCACGCCGUCUGUCCACAGGCCUGGGCCUCCAAGCACCACAAUAACGGAUGACGAUUACGACAUCGAGUUCAUUCUCCCUCAGAGUACAGCAACCGAAGACGGGGACAGGCGCACCGACAGUCUGUGCGCCGCACCCUGAACAACGAGGGACAAUUUGGCGACAUUUCGACAUGGAAGGGAGGAUGCGGGGCAAUGACCAAACGGUGGAACGAAAGG